AUGCUGAUGAACGGGUCAGAAUCUUCCGAUCCGCAGCCCCCGGAAGAGAAAGCAGCCAAAGCAUUGCAGCGGCAUUAUCUGGUCAAACACGACCGCCGGCAAGCGCAGGAAACCUUUAAGGCCCAGGAUUGGUCAGGUGACACAAAUUCGUUCUACACUGCAGACUGGUGGUGUGGCUUGCAACGGCUGCAGCCGGGCUCCGCCUCCGGCACACAAGCCCAAGAAUCCUGGCACCGCUGGAAGCUGCAUGAAGAAACACAUGGGCCUUCGCACUAA